AGUGAAUGACCAAUUUUUUAAUAUCUUAUGUAGAGAAGAAAAGGGAAGCAAUGGGUUCUUCCCUCUAAAAUCAGAUUAUAGAAUGGUCAAUCAAUCAAUAUCUGAGGAUGAGGAGAUGGAGUAUUGGUCUACAGAUCAUUGUUCGGAAAAUGGCUUUGACGGCUCCAGCCAUGAGUUCCGGCAGUGUUUCUAUCCUCAGGUUUUUAAAAAUGUUGGGGGGGAUGAAGAUGCUGACGUGGAAGCUAGACGCGUGAUGGAAAAUGAAUUGGCUUCUGACUAUGAAGACAUAAGGAGGGGGAUUUCAAAAGGACUUGUUGAAGAAUGCAACCAUGAGCCCUUUGACAACUCCCAAUACGUGUGCAUGGAGGACACGACAAAGAUUGUGGAAGAAAGUGUCGAGGGGCUCUUAUAUGACAAUAGCGAACUGGCGGCUGGUAGCAGGGGACAAAACAAUAAUCAUUUAGGUUUACCAAGCUGUAGAUCUAAUUUAAAUUCUGGUGGCGAGUUGGGUCCAAUUAACGGUGUGGGUCUGGGCCCGUCAAUGGGCUUGAGACAUGACCAAGGCGAUUCCGAUUCAGCCCAAGGAGGCCUAAAUGACCAUUCUUACCCAUCUCCAUUGACUAGGCCUGAAAAUAUCUGGAGGACAGGAGCGCGCAAGGUACGAGAAAAUGAAAGGAAAACGAAGGAAGAACAGGAAGAAGAAGUCAAGAUCUUGCAGGUUACUUUAUCAAGACACAGCCAGCACAAAGGAACGGGAGGUGAGGAAAGAGAAACGUGGUCGGCCAAAGAAGACAUUGAUUAUGGAGCAACAACUGGGAAAUUUUUUCCUAAUCCUGAUAAACCAGUUUCCGGAGAGUUAAUCUCAGAUGGUGCCAUCGUCAAUUGUAACAGAGGGGUUGCCACAAUUUCACGUUUGUAUUUGGCUGAAGAGAUUUGGCAGUGUGCAAAGAAAGUGCGGGUGGUUGCUGUAGGAAAUGAACAGGAAGUAUCCAACGCAUGGAGGAUAGGGAUAAAGCAGCUAUGCUUCAGAGGAUGGAGAAGGGCGAGGAGGGAAUUUAGGGAUUUGGUGAGGAAGGAAAAAGUAGAUUUUUUGGCAAUUCAGGAGACUAAAAGUGAGACAGUUGAUUGGAGGCUUUGUAUAGCUCUAUGGGGCUCUAAUGAUAUUGAUUUUGUGGCUCAGUCAUCUAGAGGACAGUCAGGAGGUCUGGUUUGUACUUGGGACAAAAAUGUUUCGAGAAAUUGUAGCGUAUUGGAGGGGGAGAAUUUUAUAGGUGUCUCUGGCCUUUGGGUUGAGGAGGGUGAUGUGAGACCUGGAACUGGUGGAUCUUCCAUUGAUUGGGAGAAAAUAUACUUGGUAUCAGUCAAUGGUGCGGCUAUGUGCAGGCUCGACAGACAGCAUCUCAAAGAGAUUAAUAGCAUUCAGAUAAAUGGACAACAGCUAGUUGGAGUGCACGAAAUUAAGGAAGGAGUAGCAGAAUACUUUCAGAGCCUAAUUUCAGAAGAGAAUUGUGAGAGACCUGUGCUAGAAGGUGCGGCUGUUAAACAUAUCUCUUCAGAACGAUCCUCUAUGCUUACUGCACCGUUUUCUUUAGAGGAAGAGGAUGUAGUUGGUUUUGUACAAGAAUUUCAUGAGAAUGAGAAGUUGGUGGCAGGCUCUAAUUCAUCUUUCAUAACAUUGAUCCCUAAAACUAGUAAUCUACAGAUGAUUGAAGAGUACAGGUCUAUCUCUCUGAUUGGAGUUACGUAUAAGGUUGUCACAAAACUAUUGGCAAAUAGACUUCAAUUGGUUAUGCCAGCUAUUAUUGGGGACCAUCAACUGGCCUUUGCGGAGGGUAGGCAAUUAAUGGAAGCUGUUGUGAUGACAAAUGAAAUUAUCUACGGUGCAAAAAGAUGCAAGAGUGCUAGUUUCAUUUUUAAAAUUGACUUUGAGAAAGCAUACAAUAAGGUGACUUGGAGUUUUCUUGAUUAUAUGAUGAGAAGAAUGGGUUUCAAUGAAACUUGGAGGGCAUCGAUCAGGGAAUGUCUCAGUACUAGCAGAUUCUCUGUACUGUUUAAUGGAAGCCCAACGAGGGAAUUUGUAGGGUUGAAUGGCCUCAUCCACUCAGCUGUUGAGAAGAUGAUGCUGCAAGGUAUUGAAAUCGGCAGCAACGGUGCAGAAUUUUGUCAUAUUCAGUUUGUAGAUUAUACAAUCUUGUUUGGCAAGGCCACGAAAAGCAAUGUACCGGUGGGGGAUAACCACAGAAGAUUAGAAAAUUGGCUUCCAUUGGUAGACUAUUUCAAGAAGAAAUCACCUGCUUCGAAAGGGAGUUCUUGUGGGGAGGUUGUGAAGAGGUUAGGAAAGUCCAUUGGGUUAGACGGAAGGGGGGAAGAAUUGUACAAUCAAAGAAAUGGGCUCGUGGCAAGAUGGACAAUGGCAUUGGAACCUAAGAUGGAGGCGGGAGCUGCUGUCUUGGGAACUAAUUGAAAAAGAAAAGUUGGAAGAGUUGCUUGGUACGGUGCAGGUUCGACAAGGCCAAAAAGAUAGGUGGAUUUGGAGACAUAAUAAAGAUGGUUUUUACUC